AUGGCGAGCAAAGAUACCAAGAACGACUCCAUGGGUGCUUGUGAACCAACAACAGAAAACGAGACCAACCACAGCAGCCGUCACGAGAUGAAUGCCCUUCCCAUCACAAAAAAGAGCCAUUGCUCAUUUGCUGCCAAAAAGAACUGCACACCCCAAGAGAAGGAGCAAACAUCCGGGCCGUCACCAACCAAGACCGAGGAGGAAACACUGGAAAAUUCUGCUAAAAAGCAGCAAGAAACCAGGAGAGUCAACCCAACCAUGCAGAGUCUGGGGAUAGUUUUGCAGAGCAACCCGUCGUCAUGUCUCUGA